AUGUCUGUCUCAAAUGCUGUAAAUCUUUUUAGUUGUACAAAACCAACCUUUUGUAAUGGGGUAGAUGCAAUAGGUAGCAGUGGGGGUUUGCUAGUUCUGGGGUGGAGUAGCCUUGUUAUCACUUGUAUUGCAAGUUCCCCUAAUUUUGUACUUUGUAAAAUCAAUGAAGUUAAUGGAAAUAUUUGGUAUGUGGUUUUCCUUUAUGGAGCUCCUCUCAUUGAUGAUAGGAAGAGAGUUUGGGAUCAAUUGUUGCAAAUUCUUUCUUGUUAUCCUAAAACUUUAAUUCUAGGUGACAUAAAUCAGGUUGAACAUUUUAAGGAUAAACUAGGGGGAAGAAAUUUAAUUGAAGGUUGGGAUAUGUUUAACCAAUUUCGCUUAGAUAGUAAUCUCCUUGAAAUUCCUUUUUCGGGACCAAGAUUUACAUGGAGUAAUAAAAGAGAGAGUGACCAUCUUAUUAUGGAACGUCUUGAUCGAGGUUAUAUGUCGAAUGACUGGUUUGUCGAUUUUCCAGAUAGUAAAAUUUCUAACCAACCACUUGUUUGCUCAGACCAUUCUGCAAUCGUUUUCAAUAGCGAUGUUGUUUCUUUUAAAAAAUCGAGACCCUAUCAAAUUGAAAAUUGGUGUCUUCAAUUUGCGGAAGUUUGUAAGCUAGUUGAUGAGGUUUGGAGAAUCAAUAUUCUAGGUUCACCCAUGUUUUUGCUAUCUCGGAAAUUAGUUAGCCUUCGUCUAAAAAUUAAAUCUUGGUGUCUUAGAAAUAAAAAAUCUUGGGGUGUUAACUGGAGGGAGAUGAAUGACAAACUUUCAACUAGUGGCACAAAUGUGGGAAAUUUACAUCAAGGGGAAGAGUACAUUGGCAAAGUUGACAAAGCAUUCUCAGAAGCUUCUAUCAAAGUACUUUUUUGGAAGCAAAGAAUGAAGGAACGAUGGAUGACUGAAGGGGAUUUACCAACCUCACUGCUUUAUUCCAGAGUCAAGGUCAGACAGAAAAAGAAUGAAAUUUUAACUCUUAAAGAUAAAAAUGGGGUAUGGGUCGAGGGUCAACAGCAAGUUCAGGGUUUAGUUGUUGAUUCCCUUAAGGAUGUUUUCAAAAGUGAUCAUGUUCUCCUGCAAAAUGAUGAUAUUGAAAUGGUUAUUAGGGAGUUAGAUUUACCUCGGCUUUCAGCUUCACAUGUUUCUAUGCUGGAACAUGCCUUUACUGAUAAGGAAAUCAAGGAUGUCAUGUUUGCUAUGAAUGAUUCGAAAUCUCCAGGUCCGGAUGGGUUUACUGUUGGGUUCUUCAAAAAACACUGGGUCACGGUAGGGUUUUCGGUGUGUGAUGCGGUUCGUAGUUUCUUGACCACAGGUUUCCUCCUUAAAGAGUGGAAUCAUUCCUUGUUGGUUAUGAUUCCAAAGCGGGAUAUUCCAGAGGAUACUGGGCAUCUAAGACCGAUAAGCCUUUGUAAUACGGUGUAUAAGUGUGCUUCAAAAUGUUUAGUUGCAAGGUUGAAAUUGGUUCUGCCAAGCAUCAUUUCUCCUUCUCAGCAUGCUUUUAUUUCUGGUAGAUUUAUGACGGACAACAUUAUUCUGAGUCAUGAGGUUAUCGAAAAAAUUAAUGGUCACCGCAGAGGUGGAAGCUACCUUGCCUCAUUAAAAAUUGAUAUGAGCAAGGCCUAUGAUAGGGUGUAUUGGGAUUUUCUUCUUCGUAUCCUUAGAGCGUAUGGUUUUCCGCAGCAUUGGAUCAACCUGAUCUACCAGUGUAUUUCAACAGUUUCUUACAAAGUCUUAAUCAAUGGUCAUACGUCAGAGCAGUUCAAGCCUAAGUGCGGAAUUCGUCAAGGUGAUCCCUUAUCACCCUUUUUGUUUCUCUUCUGCAUGGACAUCUUGUCUCGUAUGCUUCAAUUAGGGAAUGAUUUAAAGCAAUUUAAAGGUAUCAGCCUUACUAGGGGAACUCCACAAAUGACUCAUCUUUUCUUUGCGGAUGACGCCCUAUUGUUCUUCUUGGCUACUAAGGAUAGUUGUUCAGCAGUUUCCAAAAUUCUCCAUCGUUUUUGCAGGAUUUCGGGGCAACAGCUUAAUUUACAGAAAUCCUUUUUCAAAGUUAGUCCCAAUACCCCGUCAGCUGAACGACAACAAUUUAAAGAUAUUCUGAGAAUGGAUCUGGUCCAAAGUUUUGGUACACAUCUUGGGGUUCCAAUAGACCUAACGGGGAAAAAACAUUCUAAUUUCCAAUUUUUAGUGGACAAGGUUGCGGGGAAAAUCUCAGCUUGGAAUUCUUGUCCCCUGUCUCAAUGCCAAAAAUUAAUCUUGAUUAAUUCUGUUCUUAUAGCCAUGGCCUCUCAUGUUUUUAGCUGUAUGGAGGUUCCUGCGUCCAUUUCUUCGAAAUUGGAUUCAAUUAUUACAAGAUUUUUCUGGGCAGGUAAAGCAGGUAAAGGUAUGCAUUGGGUUAACAGAGGUAUUCUGCAUUUACCUAGGGGGCUUGGGGGCUUAGGAAUUCGGAGUACGUCAUGCUUAAACAAAGCUUUACUUAUGAAAUUAGUUUGGAGGUUAAAUAGUAAACCCAAUUCCAUGUUGGCCGAAUUUGUUGGAAAAAAGUUUAAAAAUCCACUAAGGACUGGAGUUCAGGCUUCUCUGGUAGGGCAUAGGUUUUCUUGGGGUAUGCGAGGAAUAGGAAGAUCUAUCAACCUCAUUCUCCGAGGAUGCAACUGGAAAGUUGGUAAUGGGAGAACAAUUGUGGCAGGUAGAGAUAGAUGGUUGGAUGGUGAUACGCCUGUUUUUAGCUCUACGGUAACUUUGAGGCACGCUAAAGAUUGGAAGGUUCAUCAUUUCAUCCUUCCGUCGGGUACAGAGUGGAAUCAUGGGGAGAUUAGGUCCUGUUUUGAAUUCUCAGAUGCUAGAAGAAUAGUGGCUAUGGAACUUCCUUUUAAUGGGGCUGAGGAUUUCCUUUUUUGGAAGUAUCAUAAAUCUGGUGUUUUGACAGUUAAAACCGCCUACGCCAUGCUUGCAGCAGAAGAUGCUAAUGAUCGGUGCAUUGAUUCAGGAAAUGAAUUUUUCAAAACUUUAUGGUCUAUGAACAUUCUUCCUAAAUGGAAAUUGUUCCUAUGGAGACUUCUUCAUAACGGCAUCGCUACUAAGGUUAAUCUCGGGCGAAGAGGAAUUCACCUCUCUAUGAUUUGUGAUCUUUGUGAUGCAGGGGAUGAAGAUAUUCAACAUCUUUUUCGUUUUUGUGACAUUGCUCAGCGAGUUUGGAGGAAUGGAGCUUUAGGCAUCCAUUCAGAAAUCAAUGAAACCAUGUCCUUCAAAGAAUGGUUUCUUUUUUAUAUCCGACUAUUCCAACGUCUGGAUGGUAAGAAUAGCCCAAGAUGUAUUUACUUUAUUAGUACUCUUUGGGGUUUGUGGCUUGCUAGGAACAAUCGCAUUUUUAGAAGUGAAGCUACUUCUACUUCCGUUGUUCUUGCUUUCAUUAAGAUUGGCUUGGAUCAGCAUGAUAUCUUGCAACAUCAGCAUAUGCCUUUCCUAAGAUUUCUGCACCCACCAGAGGUUUGUUCUGUGUUCCCGCCAGGUUUCUUUAGGGUCAUUUUAUCUGGUUUUGAAGAUCAAGGACCUAUUACCACAAUUGUGAUUGAUGGCUCAUGGCACAAGAGUACUAGGAAUGCAGGUAUGGGUUGGUUCCUUGAGGGUCAACAUCUUCCGAGUAAUAGAAUUUUAGGAGGGGCCCAAGCGGGUGCUGCGGAUUCUGCUUUUCAUACCGAGGUUAUGGCUUGUCUUCUUAGUUUACGUUGGGCGUCUCAGGCGGGUUUCGGUAGAGUUACAAUUUUGUCAGAUUCUCAACGACUGGUCCAACUGCUUAGAUCGGAUUUUGAGACAGACAUUCAACUCAUCUGGACCUUUGCUGAAAUAAGGAGGAUCGGUAAAACCUUUAAUUGGUAUUGCAUCAAUAAGGUAGAUCGAGACCGUGUUCAACAUGCUCAUGACCUGGCAACAGCGGCUUCUACUUCUCUUUUCUUUUAUGCUGAAACUAGAGGCUUGUAUACUAUCUCCACAAAGCGCUACAUUGAUGCAGAAACUAUAGUCAAUGCUGCUUUGGAGCAGACUGAGAAGUGGGAACAUGCUAAAUUACUCAGAACCAGAGCAAAACUCAAAAUUGCUCAAGGCAAAACUAAGAUUGCUACAGACGUGCCUAAUGAAAUGAUAACACAUUGCAAUUAUGUCGACAGAAGAAGCGAGAUAAAAGCUUGGAGGUGGAGACAUGGCAUAACCUGGCAGAGGGAAUUUGGGGAACAAAUAAUUGAACAAUGUCUCUUUAAUGAAGGAGCAAGUUUAAUGGAGGAAGAAGGAAGGAAGAAAUGA